CCAAACAAUUGUGUAAACAUCCUGUGUAUUAUGAGCGUAUAAUCAAUAUCAUGGCUACUAGUACGAAUAGAGAAGACAUAUUGAAUGACAGUUCACGGUCAAGUGUUGUAGAAAAUCAAGGUGGCCUCAGAUUUCUGCAUGGUUUUGAUGACAAGAACAUAGCUCCAGUACCAAAACGGCUGAACUCAAGGAUGAAAGGUUAUAAAAAUGAAAAAAAGACAGCUGAAGAACUUGCUUCUAGUUUGAAAUUGGCAGAGGAGAGAAAACAGAAACACAUGGACAAUGUAGCAAGGCAGGCGAGGUUAGUGAGUGAGGAAGCUGUUAGAUAUGACAAGAAUAUGCAGUCUAAACUGGGCCUGUCUAACCAGUCCAGGCAGUUACUGGGAAAUAAAACACAGUCUAGUCAAUCCAAGGGAGGUAAAUGGUACAGUCAUGCACUAAAGAAAGACUGAACAUCUGUCUAUUAAACCAAAGAUGAAAUUGUAGUUGCAAGAUGUACAUAACUUUAUCUCAGAAUGGAAAUAUGCUAUGCAGCAAUAUUUUAUAUUGCACUUAUUAGAGAUAGAUGCAUCUGUCAACUAGAUUGGAGCUGUAAGAGAACAAACAAAUACAUCUUGUCUAUGACAAACAGAUUCUGAUAUAUUGAGAUCUGCAACAAAAUCUAAUUGUAUCAUAAUAUAUACCUGCUCUAUUUGUUGCACUGCAAGUAUGUGUUGACAAAGGGGACAGACAGUUCAUAAUAUUGCUGACAUAAUAUUUUAUGUUGAUGAAAAGAUAUUUAAAAAAUGAAUUCGAGUUUUAUUGAUGAUGUUGUUUAAGAUUGUAAGCAUUUAAAUUUUUUGAAUUGGAAUAUUUAUUUUGAUUAAUUGUUUUAUGAUGUUGAAAAAUAACUUUUAGAUCUUACACUGCUUUACCCUAAAUUGUGUAAUGGACUAACCCUGCCUUAGAACUCAGAACUGUCCACUAUCUAUUUUAGGGAUUUUAAAAACAUUGAAAUUUUGUAUCCAGCAGUCAGGCUAGACUUCAUAUAAGAGAAGACUAUCUGUUUACUUUGGGCAAAGUCUUCCAAUAGGAACAGCUUUUGUCACGGGUGUAAAGAAAGAUUUGAAUUUUUUUGAGUUUCACAAAAAUGCGUAAAUGAUACGCAAAUGUAUAUUGGUAAUCUAUUAAAGGGACUCAACUGAGUUUUAUCAGAUGUAUAGUUAUGAUAAUCUAUUAAAGGGACUCAACUGUGAUUUUUUAAGAUGAAAGGACUGGGACUGUUUUUGCAAGAUUUGCAAAGCAUUUAAUGUAGGACUAGACCAAUUAUUUGUGUGCAUAUUUCCAAACCAUUCCCUUUUUCUAUUUUUAGGACCAAGAGUAGUACAAAACUCGAAAUUUAAUUUUAUAUUAGUAUAUUUCUUUAUUAUCCUUUGCAGAUUUGUUACAUUUUUAGAGUUUCACUUGAUCUGUGAAUGAAUUUCAAAUUUUAUGUUUUUAGGCAUUUUGACCUCAGUGGAGCUCCUUUAAAUGUGCCUGGGUAAUUUAUUUCUUGUGAUGAGCAUAAUAAUGGUCUUUUAUAAUCCUGUUGUUUUUAUCUUUUGCUGUUUAAGAAUUAAUUAAUUGAUAAAGAUA